CUCCAACCUUAACCUUAACGCUGGUUUGCUACCUGCCACAAAAGGGAAAAAAGAAGAAUCACGUUCAGAUUUUUUAAACAGGCAGUUUUCAGGACCCCCACGCCAGCUGCGAACUUUUCAGGACCCCGAACUAGCAUUUUAGGCAACAUUAGCUAACAGGUUAACAGGCUAACAGGUUAGCAGGCCAACUAAGAGCGGCUCAGAGAGAAAAAUACGGACCAGCAGAGUUUUAUAAAAAUGUCUGAAGUCAAAGUGAAGAAGGAGACGAACCUUUCAGACCCUGCGGAGAUUGAGAACAGGAUCAAAGAGCUGUGUCAGCAGUUUCCUCAUGGCAUCACAGACCAGGUGAUCCAGAACGACCUGCCUCACCUGGAGCCUCAGCAGAGAGCCAUGGCCAUCAACAAGCUGCUCUCAUUGGGUCAGCUGGACCUGCUGAGGAACAGUUCAGGUCUCCUGUACAGACUGAAGGACUGCCAGAGCGCCAGUAAGAUGAAAGGUUCAGACAACCAGGAGAAACUGGUUUAUCAGAUCAUCGAGGACGCAGGAAACAAAGGGAUCUGGAGCAGAGACAUCCGCUUUAAGAGUAACCUUCCUCUGACUGAGAUCAACAAGAUCCUGAAGAACCUGGAGAGCAAGAAACUCAUCAAAGCUGUUAAAUCUGUGGCUGCCUCUAAGAAGAAGGUGUACAUGCUCUACAACCUGCAGCCGGACCGCUCGGUGACGGGGGGUGCCUGGUACAGCGACCAGGACUUUGAGUCCGAGUUUGUUGAAGUUCUCAACCAGCAGUGCUUCAAGUUCCUGCAGAGCAAGGCUGAAGCGGCGAGGGACAGCAAACAGAGUCCCAUGGUUCAGAGGAACAGCUCCUUCGCCACCUCACAUGAAGUCUGGAAAUACAUCUGUGAGCUGGGAAUCAGCAAGGUGGAUCUGUCCAUGGAUGACAUCGAGACCAUCCUGAACACGCUGAUCUACGACGGGAAGGUGGAGAUGACCGUCAUCGCCGCCAAGGAGGGAACGGUGGGCAGCGUGGACGGACAGAUGAAGCUUUACCGUGGCGUCAACCCCGUCAUCCAACCCACCGGCCUCGUCAAGACGCCCUGCGGACUCUGCCCGGUGUUUGAUGACUGUCAUGAAGGAGGAGAAAUCUCUCCGUCCAACUGCAUCUACAUGACGGAGUGGCUGGACUUCUGACAGCUGCUCGUCUCGCUCUGCUCUUUUCUCUGUGAUGAAAAGAUAUGUUCAUUUUCCCAGCGAUCUGUGAUUCGUGUAAUUUUUUUUCUAUUUAUCACAACGUUUAAUGAAACUGGAAUUGUGAAAAUGCGUGACUGGUCUGUUUGAUGUAGUCUCUAAAUGAGGGAUGUGGAUUCUCAUGUCUCUGGUGACGAAGAAGCACAGCACCAAAUCUGGAUCCAGACUCCUGGGUAGGGGUUGGACUAGGGGAAACAACAGUUCCCUGGCUGAUAUCUGCCCCAGCUGAGAGGCGUUGGGGGGGCGCUGGUCUAACGGCGUUUCAGCCACGUUUUUCUGCUGUCCAUCAGAACACUUUGCUUCUUUUAUCAAUCCAGGUGUCUGCACAGGCCACGGUUCGCUUUUUACUCAAGCUACAGGUACUUAAAGUCAACGCUUCAGAACCGAAUUCAGUUUGGAAGGUUUUAAAAAGUCUCAGCUGUCUCUCAAAGCUUUUUAUUAUUUUUUUCACGGCUGACAUCGACUCGUGAUGGGCAGGUGUCGAUUUCUGGCAAAAACUUAAAUUAACAAAUUCAUUAUUGAUGCUAUUUUUUUUAAAUUGGUUAAUUGGUCCAUCAGUUGUCUGCAGCCUGAGUCCAGGCAUGGACAGAUUUGGAGACAAUGGGCCCCCAGUGUUAAAGAGAAACUAAACCAACUACCUGCGUCACAGUCUCUUUCUGGUGGUUUUGUGAUUCCUUGGGCCAGUGUCCUUUAGGCCUGUUCAGUAAUCCAUACAUGGGUCCAGGUCAUAAUAAUUGAUUCAUUUUAUUACCAGGAAUUAUUGUCAUAUGAAGCUGGGAAGUCCUGAGUUUAAAAAUGGGCUUCACAGUAGCUUCAGAAAGUAUUCAGAUGCCUUCACCUGAUUGUGUUGUAGAUUUUAUUUUAAAUGGAUAAAAUGGCCAUUUUUCCCAUCAGUCCACACUCAAUAGUCCAUGAGGACAGAGUGAAAACAUGUUUUUAGAAUCUUUGGAAAAUGUAUUAAAAACCAAGAACAGAAACCUCUCAUUCAUAAAAGUAUCCAGACCCUUU